AUGCGAUGCAAUUGGUCCGCCAUUGCCAAUGCCUUCCAUAGACUGCCUUCCUGUGGCGCCUCGCCGUUAGCGAGGGGGAAUAUUGCUGCGGCGAAUAUAUCCAGAAAUGCCUUGGCUCUGUCUCGCCAUCUACCAGGGACAUUAUCUUCUCGUAGGCACCGCCGAGGGACCUCGUCCCCAGCUCCAUCCAUAUAUACACCAUCUAGGUCAUAUGCCACUGCUACUCUUGCCUUCACGCCUGCUCCUGGUCCCACCAUCCCUGAGAAAACGCCUGAACCCCUACCAGAGCCAAGACCCGCUCAACUCACAGACGCCCAGAUUUCUAGGGCUGCCUCUCAAGCCGUCCGGUUAUGUUUCAAGGAGGGUCAAAUCAGAGAUGCUUUCUUCAUUCUCAAUUCCAUGGCUUUGGCCCAGUACAAGAACGCAUCACCAGGCCAAGUUCCUCCGAAGCUCCGUCAACUCCCCGACCCAAUCGAUUUUUCGCGCCCUGUCUCUCAGAGGCUGACUGCACACUGUGUGCUUCAUGGUCUCAUUCGUGCAGGGUUGUCUAAGAAAGCCGUCAAAGAGGCUCAUUCAAUGAUGGAGGGCGGGAUUAAACUACGUGCCGCCACGAUGAAGGCUAUCAUAGAUGCUCUCACGAUGCCAGGCAAAGCAUUUCCAAUGCAUGGCGCAAAGGUUCGGAGACUUAUCCUCGACCUCGCUCGGACGCCUGAAGGCCCGGAGGUCUUGAAGCUUCGCUCGAGCAUGGUGACAGAUCAGACUACGCGCAUGGCUGUCCGGUUUUUCCUGGAGGCAAGAAAGUACGGUCAUCAGCGCACGAAUGGCAUGUAUGAGAGCCUCAUCAAUGCUUGUCUCCUUCAAGGCGAGAUCCUGGUGGCGUGCCUGCUAUUCGUCUUGCUGGUUAAGGACUGGCAGAUACGGAAGGCCAUCACGGAGCAGGUCAUCAAAUCGAUGUCAGAAGCCAACGACGCCGCUGAUGAAAAGGCUGCCACUCGGGUACAUAUCCCGAAGACUGGGCGCAUGCAGCUUUCGCCGUUCCCGUCCCAGGGCAUCCUCCGCUCCAUCCUCAACUCAAUAUCCGCGUGCUGGGAUGAUAUACCUAGUAACGAUAAUCCCACGCAUCAGAUUCGGUCAGCAUUACAAGCCCUUGCCAACCUCGCUACCCUCCUGAACGACAAACUCUUACCUUUUUCGGAUAUUUCGAGGCUGGUCAAAACUAUGUACUCUGUGCCUCGGUACAGAGACAUAGAUGUCUGGGUUGACGGGCCCAAUGGGCCUCGGCGGGUGGAAGCAUACUCAUACAUCCACUCGGCAUUGCGGCGACUGUUCGACAACUUGCCGCAUUCGUAUAACCAUGGGGAUAGCAGGGCACGGCCCCCACUGAACAUGAAUACGUACAACUCGCUUUUGUAUUAUGCUCUGCGGCAUCGUCAAUCGUUCGGUCUGGCGAAUAAAGUCCUGGAUCAUAUGCAACGUCGUCGUUCCCCGCCGUUGCAGCCUAAUCGUGAUACUCUCAACAUUCUAAUAAGAGCUGGGACCGUCUUGCGUGUAAAUGGCCUUACUGAGCAGGCAUUGGAGGAAUUGCGACGAUGGGGCGAGGGUGCCGAACACCGCAUCCUCACCUUAGACUUCCCGGAUAUGACUAUCAUUGGCCAGACCCGGCGGCAGGACAGUAGUCAAAACGCAACAGAUCCAGCAUCCUCGGUACAGGUACCGAUUGAUGAGGCGGAAGGAAGAUCGGCGGAACAUAUUACUGUGACCAUGGACGACAGUCAGCUGAACAGCGAAACGGACCAUAGUUUGGCGUUAACGGCGGAGAUUAUACCUGCUCAUAAACCACAAGAGGGCGUGGCGCCCGCAUCCCAGGGCGGCGCAUUGCAUUCACUCCCUCAUGCCGACUCGUACACUGUGAUAGCUUAUAUUUCGCACCUCGUGGCGACAGGCCGACCACAUGUCGUUGCAGAUAUUCUGUUCCAGCUGCUCCCGGAACUGCUCAUCGUGAAUCACCCUGCUCGGGCUUCCAUGCCUUACCAAGAUCCCGAGACUUCCCAGAGACAGCGCCUCCAGCGCGCAGUCAGUUAUGGCCCGCAUUUUUUCGCCGUCGUCAUCAAUGCGCUGCGACUAACGGGGCGUACGGGGCUGUGCGAGCGUGUGUGGCUGCUAGCACGGCAGGCUGAACGAGCUAGCUGGGAGCCAGAUGCAAAUGUCCAGCCCUGGUGUCUCCCGAUACAUGCAUAUACUGCGAUGAUGCAAUGUUAUGCCCAGGAGUCCAAGAAAGGUUUGCGGAUGAAAGGCGUCGAGAGCUGUACAGAAGGUCAAGCUGGGUGGACACCCUACUCGUCCGACCAUGUUAUUGGUUGGGCUUCUUUCAUUCUGCACCGGGACCGGCUGAGACCGCAUCAGCUCAGCCGCCAUGACGCAGCAGAGGAGAUGGGUAUGCUGUUGCUCCGAUCCAUGAACAGCGGCGCGUUGGCAGUCGUCGAUGCUAUGCACGAGAUCAAGAUGAAGACAGGGAACUCAGUCGCACUACAGAACGUUUCGGUCUUUCAACCUGAUGCUCGAUUUUUCAAUGCCGCCCUCGACGUGUUCAGCAGACAUCCUCGGAUGUGUGCUCGCAGACCGCGCACCAGCCCGUCGCACUGGAGACGGCUCCUGCGCAGGUCCAUCGCCGCUUACAUGGACUCCGGACGGGUGUCGCCUGGAUGGUCGCCCGGUUUGCAGGAGAUUGCGGAAGACCUGGUUGCGGCUGGGUUCGCCGUACCUGUGGGAUUCCAGCAUAUGCUCGUUGGAAAAUGGCUGCCAACCCCGUCGGAACAGACGCAGCGCUCAGUAGUGGACGUGCGUCCGUACGGUUAUCCUUCCUACUCGCCAUCAUUCCUUGCGCAUUCUAUCCCCACCUCGAAGACUAGAGGGCUUCCCGUUAGCAAGAGAUACAGUCGGAACCGUCGGACAGCCCAGUCAUGA